AUGGCGUCAAACGAGGAAGGGUUCAUGCAGACGUUAGCUGUCACACUUGGCUCCAGCGAAAGUCCGUUACGUUUUAUACUCUCGCAGUUGCUCGGCUACCCGCUUGCCUUCCUGUACCGACGACAGGUCUAUGGUCAGACAGCCACUACACAACAUAUAUUCUUUAUCAUCACAGGCCUAUGGAUCGCCUGCUUCAACUUUGGUUUCCACGCGAUACAUACUGUGAUCAAUGUCCUGGCUAUAUACAUUAUACUACAGACGUGUUCCGGCACCAGACUGUCAUUGUGGCUGGCCAUUAUAUUCAACAAUGUAUACCUUGUGCUAGGUUAUUACAUACUAGAUAACUACGAGGAUAUCUGCUGGACCACACCCCACUGUGUCCUGACCCUCAAACUGACCGGCCUGGCCUUUGACCUCUACGAUGCGCAGGAAAAAGAGGAGAAGUUGUCUGCUGAUCAGAAAGCCACGAUAAUAAAAGAGCCUCCGUCACUUCUGGCUAUGCUAGGCCACGCCUUCUUCUUCGGGGGAUUUUUGGCAGGGCCACAGUUUAGUAUGAAGCGUUACCUCUCCUUUACACACGGAACUAUUCAAGAAAAAGUCUCGAAGGAUCCUCCAGACAGUGUGGUACCUGGACUAAAGAGACUAGGUGUAGGAGUCGUGUAUAUUGCAUCCUAUCAUAUAGGAGGGCUUAUCUUCUCUACCGACCACUAUAAAGACGACACAUUCCAGGAUCUCAGCUACAUAUCUAUGUUUUUUUAUAUAACACUGUGGGGCCGAGUUAUCCUCAACAAAUACAUAGGAAGCUGGCUCAUUGCUGAGGGAACAUGUAUACUAGUGGGCGUGUCCUAUAAUGGAAAAGACAUCAACGGGAACAUUGAGUGGAAUGGCGUGUGCAAUGUACAACUUAAGAAGCUGGAGGAAGGCUGUCGACUGCGCGACUACAUCCAGUCCUUCAACUACAACACUAAUCAGUGGAUGGCAAAAUAUGUGUUUAAAAGACUUCGGUUCCUCGGCAAUAAAUUCCUGUCCCAGGCCAUCACCCUACUUUACCUGGCGAUGUGGCAUGGCACCAGAUCUGGAUACUAUAUGAACUUUGCUUUAGAGUUUAUCAUGAUGAAUUGUGAAAAUCAGGUGAUAGCGUUGACCCCGAGGAUUCCAGUGCUGAACAAGUUGAACAACUUACCCAUACUACAGCCAGUACUAUAUAUCCUCAAGAAGUUGGUCACCACAUUCUGUAUGGGAUAUGCCCUGCUCGGUUUUGUGCUUUUAAAUUUUAAUGACUAUAUGAAAGUUUACAGUCAGCUGUAUUUUGCCGGCCAUGUGUUUUUCCUCGGCUGGCCACUCCUACAUUUUAUAGUGACAUCUUUGUUUGUCAGCCGCAAAUCUUCAUCAAAUGGACAUUUGUCAGAAAAACAAAGUUCUUUGGUAGAAGGAAAGGCAAAGGAAGAAUGAUACCAAUCGAAAGAAAUAUUGACAGAAUGAAAUUAUUUUAAAUAUAGCUAACUUACAUUUAAUUAUGGAUGGGAUGUUAAAUUAUAACUGUGAAUGAUAUAUUUUAAAUUUAAACAAUUUCCAAUAAUAGAGAUGAUUUACAGUCUUGAUAUGUGUACACUUGUCUGUCUAUAUUGGUGAGAGAUAUGUGUACACUUGUCUGUAUAUAUUGGUGAGAGAUUUGUGUACACUUGUCUGUCUAUAUUGGUGAGAGAUUUGUGUACACUUGUCUGUUUAUAUUGGUUAGAGAUAUGUGUACACUUGUCUGUAUAUUGGUUAGAGAUAUGAGUACACUUGUCUGUAAAUUGGUGAGAGAAAUGUGUACACUUGUCUGUCUAUAUUGGUGAGAGUUGUGUACACUUGUCUAUUUAUAUUGGUUAGAGAUAUGUGUACACUUGUCUGUAUAUUGGUUAGAGAUAUGAGUACACUUGUCUGUAAAUUGGUGAGAGAUAUGUGUAUACUUGUCUGACUAUAUUGGUGAGAGAUUUGUGUAUACUUGUCUGUCUAUAUUGGUGAGAGAUUUGUGUACACUUGUCUGUCUAUAUUAGUGAGAGAAAUGUGUACACUUGUCUGUCUAUAUUGGUGAGAGAUUUGUGUACUCUUGUCUGUUUAUAUUGGUGAGAGAUGUGUGUACACUUGUCUGUCUAUAUUGGUGAGAGAUUUGUGUACACUUGUCUGUCUAUACUAGUGAGAGAUUUGUGUACACUUGUCUGUCUAUAUUGGUAAGAGAUUUGUGUACACUUGUCUGUUUAUAUUGGUGAGAGAUUUGUGUACACUUGUCUGUCUAUACUGGUGAGAUUUGUGUACACUUGUCUGUCUAUAUUGGUAAGAGAUUUGUGUACUCUUGUCUGUUUAUAUUGGUGAGAGAUGUGUGUACACUUGUCUGUCUGUAUUGGUGAGAGAUUUGUGUACACUUGUCUGUCUAUACUGGUGAGCGAUAUGUGUACACUUGUCUGUCUAUAUUAGUGAGAGAUUUGUGUACAAUUGUCUGUCUAUAUUGGUGAGAUUUGUGUACACUUGUCUGUCUAUACUGGUGAGAGAUAUGUGUACACUUGUCUGUCUAUAUUAGUGAGAGAUUUGUGUACACUUGUCUGUCUUUAUUGGUGAGAGAUUUGUGUAUACUUGUCUGUCUAUAUUGGUGAGAGAUAUGUGUACACUUGUCUGUUUAUAUUGGUGAGAGAUAUGUGUACACUUGUCUGUAUAUUGGUGAGAAUGGCUGGGUUUAAGUGGGAUAUUUUGUAGAAUUUAGUACAAUCAUUCAGAUGUAGUUUACAGGACCACCAGUUAUGUAGUUGUCAGAAAACGUUUUUAUUGAAAUCUGAAAAUUAAAUAAAAGUCAUUAUAUGGAAUUCUUGUUUUCAAAACUCAUUAUCAAGAACAUGUGACAUUUGGUAAGUCAUUAUUAACUAUUGAGUUUUACGUAAAGCUUGGCGAUAUCGAUAAAACGAAUAAAAUCUCUCAACCACAGGGCAGACCUUGUUACUAUAUGUACUAAGUACUGUAGAAAUACUAAUCAAUGUAUGGAUGUCUAUCUGUGUGCCUUUCUCAGAAACCAACAUAGACAACUUAACAAAUUGAGUUUAAAGAUUCAUAAUUAAUACGUUUGGAGAAAAAAAAGUUGAUUGAUAUCUACAGUACUGAAGAAAUAAUCACUCAUAAGAUAAAUGUGUUUAUGAAUAAAAAAUAUGAAUUAGCUUCAGGUGAAUGAGGAAGUACUUCUUAGAAGCUGUUUUCGUUUCUUUUACAAGUAAUUACACUUCUAAAAAGAGUUAUUUGUUUGCUAUAUAAAGAUGCCAUUGACUAUAUAUAGGUGCCUUCCACUUCUAUAACAUAUGGGUGCAAAACUAUUCGACUUUUUGUGAAGAUACAAAAUAAUUGUAUUUGAUAUCCGAUCAUUAAUUUGAUGAAUCAUUUGGUGUUUUUUUUUAGGAAAUUAGGUUUUUGACAUUGAAUUUCCAACAGUAAUAUUUCUAUCUGCUCAGUUUUCAAUAAGGUUUAAUAAGGGGUAUUGAGUGGGGUAAACUGUUUUAGUUCUUAAUAAGGUUUAAUAGGGGGGUUUCCAGUAGGGUAAAGAAAAAUCAGUUUUCAAUAAGGUAAGGGGGUAUCCAGUGGGGAAAUUUUUCUUUCAGUUUUUAAUAAGGUUAGGGAGUAUCCAGUGUUUUUUCUUGCUAUAUGAUAGAUGUGGUAUUUAGGAGGCACGGUAGUCUAGUGGUAGGAUGCUGGGCCCAUUACCGAAGGGUUGCGGGUUUGAGUCG